AUGUUCUUCAUCAAAGAACUAACGCACACGAUCCUCCUGCACCCCUCCUACUUCGGCCCGCGCAUGCUCCAGUUCCUCGAGUCCAAGCUCUACGCGGACGUCGAAGGCACCUGCUCCGGCCAGUUCGGCUACAUCAUCGCCGUCGUGUCUAUAUCCGACAUCGGCGCGGGCAUGGUGCUGCCCGGCAGCGGACAGGCGGAGUUUAUCACCAAGUACCGCGCGAUCGUGUUCAAGCCGUUUAAGGGCGAGGUUGUGGAUGGGGUCGUUAAUAAUGUCACCAGGAUGGGGUUCUUCGCGGAUGUGGGGCCGUUGACGGUGUUCGUCUCAAACCAGCUGAUCCACCCAGACUUGAGAUUCGACCACAACGCGAACCCGCCCGCCUUCGCCUCAGAAGACCAAACAAUAGAAAAGGGAACCAAAAUUCGGCUAAAAAUCGUCGGGACGCGUGUGGACGCUACCGAGAUCUUCGCUAUUGGGACUAUCAAGGAGGACCACCUGGGCGUCAUCGACUGA